GCCUGUCCAAUAUGAAGAACUAUCUUUCCUUUUAUUAUCUUUUACAAUUUUGUGGCAAUUCCUGGAUCUUUACCAAUAUGACAGCCAGGCUUCUUUUCUUUGGAAAAGAUUCUUUUGCUGAUACAUUUUACACAAUUGGGAUGGUGAUGCAGGCCUGCCAGCUACUGUCUGUCUUGGAGCUGCUACAUAUUCUGCUGGGCAUAGGACAACAACCUUUCAUGCCAAAGUUGUUUCAGGUAACAGAGAGGCUAGUCAUCCUCUUUGUGGUCAUCACCAGCCAGGAAGAAAUGCAGAGCAAAUGCAUAGUGUGUUUUCUCUUCUUUCUCUGGAACCUUUGGGAUGUCAUAAGAUACCCAUCCCAUCUGUUAUCAGUGCUUGGAACAGAUUACCCAGCUCUUACUUGGCUCAAUCACACAUUAUGGAUCCCAGUUUACCCUUUGUCAUUGCUGGCUGAAGUGUACACAGUCUAUGAAUCGCUCCCCUAUUUUGAAUCCUUUGGCACAUUUUCCUACAAUAUGGUUCUGCCAUUUGCUGUAUCUAUUUAUUUCCCAUAUAUUUUAAAGGCAUACUUGACUCUUCUACCCGCAGGAAUGCUGUACACGUGCAGCCACCUCUUUUCUGAAAGAAGACUUUAUCUCAAAGUGCGUAAUGGAAAGAUGAAAAUGAAAUAAUGGAAAGGUUUUUUUGCA